AUGGUGGGAGAUCAAGAAGUUGAAAGUUCAUACGACCAUAUAUGUGAGACAUUCGAUGAUAUGAAUUUGAAUGAAAACCUUUUGAGAGGAAUAUUUGCCUAUGGCUUCGAAAAGCCUUCAGCUAUACAACAGCGAGCCAUUCUUCCUUCUAUACAGGGUCAUGAUGUUAUUGCACAGGCUCAAUCAGGAACUGGAAAGACUGCAACGUUCUCUAUAGCCAUGCUACAACAGAUCGAUACUUCAAAUCCUAAAUGUCAGGCCCUUGUCGUAGUGGCAUUGGGAGACUACAUGGACGUUACUUGUCACGUAUUCAUAGGGGGUACCUAUGUUGCUCAGGAUAUUGAAAGACUGAAACGUGGACAGCAAAUCGUU